UGUUGGUGGGGGGCGCCGAGCUGGGGGCUGGGCCUGGCGGGGAUGGGCUGGCGCUGGCUGGCUGGCGAUUGCGCGAGGCCUUCCCUGGCUGACUGAGCGGGCGUUAGGAACCCCCAGUGCUGCUUGGCGAUGGAAGCCGAAGAGCCGGGCACCAGAUACUACACUCCUCUUCAGCCAGCAUUUUAUCCGUUCUCAUUCCAUGAAAUGAUGCCUGUGACUCCAAACAUGGAGGAGAUGAAUGAACAGGAAGCUCUUCAGGGGGUUUUGGAUCCAGAUUUUGUCCAGGAACCUGUUCAAGUGGCUGGGAAAGGAAGAAAGAGAAAAAGUAAACCAACUGAACCGAAAAAACCUGCUGCUAAAGCUGCUAAAGCUGCUAAAGCUGCCAAAUCAAAAGGCAAGCAAGAAAAAAUUACAGAUACCUUUAAAGUAAAAAGAAAAGUAGAUCGUUUUAACGGUGUAUCUGAAGCUGAAUUGUUGACCAAAACCCUUCCAGACAUACUGACCUUCAAUCUGGACAUUGUAAUUAUUGGUAUAAAUCCAGGCUUAAUGGCAGCCUACAAAGGCCAUCAUUACCCAGGGCCUGGAAAUCACUUUUGGAAGUGUCUCUUUCUGUCUGGACUAAGUGAAGAACAACUGAAUCAUAUGGAUGAUCAUACUUUACCACAUAAAUAUGGCAUUGGAUUUACAAACAUGGUAGAAAGGACAACCCCAGGUAGCAAGGAUCUUUCCAGCAAAGAGUUUCGAGAAGGAGGACGAAUUCUGGUGCAGAAAUUGCAGAAGUAUCAACCUAAAAUAGCAGUUUUUAAUGGAAAAUGUAUUUAUGACAUUUUUAGUAAAGAGGUUUUUGGAGUAAAGGUUAAAAAGUUGGAAUUUGGACUGCAGCCACAUAAGGUCCCAGACACAGAAACACUUUGCUAUGUUAUGCCAUCGUCCAGUGCAAGAUGUGCUCAGUUUCCCCGUGCACAAGACAAAGUUCAUUAUUACAUAAAGCUCAAAGAUCUAAGGGAUCAGCUGAAGGGCAUUAAGUCAAACCCAGAGGUCCAGGAAGUGGAAUACACAUUCGACUUGCAGCUUGCACAAGAGGAUGCUAAGAAGAUGGCUGUCAAAGAAGAAAAAUAUGACCCCGGUUAUGAAGCCGCUUAUGGAGGAGCUUAUGGUGAGAAGAUGCCAAAUGAGGGUGAACCAUGCAACUUUUCUUCAAAUGGAGCAGCAUCCAGUGCGGAAUAUAGCAGUGGAACUUCCUUUGGAGAUGUCCCCAAUGGACAGUGGAUGACACAAUCCUUCACAGACCAGAUUCCAGAGUUCAACAACUGUAGGCCGCGAGAGGAAGGAGGAAGUAAUGCAUAAAGUCCGCCUGUUCAGUCGUGCCGAAGCGCUGAGGGGUUUUGUUCUUUUUACAUGCAGUUGUCAAGGAUGGUACCUCAGUUCCCCAACUGAAGCAUUUUAAUAGCAUUUUAUCUCUUAGUUUUUCUUAACCCAUACCAUUUGUGUUGUAGAUUUAGACCUAUGAAUUAGGACAUUUUAAGGAAAUGUCUUUAAAGUUUUUAAAAGAGAAAAAUGCUUCCCCUUUUUGUAUGAGGCUUUUGUAUUUAAAUUGCCCCAUAGCUGCAGUUUUAACAAACUGACUUCUCACUUGUGAAGACCUAUUCCUUGUUUUAAAUCUGAAUUUUGUACUGUAGUUGUGAACUUUAUAUUUUUAAUAUACAGUAUCCCUUCAUGUGUUGGGAUAUUUCAUAUGUGUAAUGUGUACACCUAAGAAAUAUGGCUUAAAUAUGUGUACACCUAAGAAAAAGGAAACGCCAACAUGGUUGCUGGACAAUGCCAUAUCAAGGUAUUAAUGUCCAGCAAAGCUGUAAUGCAGUUUCAGACGUUCAGGCCUAUAUCAUGUGAGGGAAUCCUGAUUUAUAGCAGGAAGGAACAGGAGAACAACAGCAGGAGAGAAACACUCCCCACUCACCUUUUUUUGUCUUGGCCCUAAAAAGCAUUCUUUGUGCAGACAGUUAUCCGCGGUGACAUAUUCACACAUGUAAGACACUUGAUACUACACAUGACAAACACGCAUGUAUGAACCAUCAGAGGACAAGAUUGUGUCACGGAGACAGGUAUGGAGAGAAAGUGCAUGUUUGAGUGUCUGAUGCUAUAGUUUCAUCUCUGCUCUGUCUCAGGAAGAGGAGGAGGACCCUGCAACAAUUCUCCUGUGUUCAUUCCCUUUUGUAUUCAUUCUCCUCCUCUGAAUGUUCCGCUCUUCAGGAAAUCAGCUUGUAGUGAAGCUCUUGGAGUGGACAAAGUAAGUGUUUCAAGAGAGCGUUUCUUCAGAAUAAAGAGAAGGAAGGAGGAAUCUAUCUAUAUAGGCUACCUAGACACACAGCCACUAAGUAGGUGGGGGAGGAUUGAUCCCAACUGUUUUAGCUUGGCUCCAUGUUUCCUUCCUAGGAAAUGAAGCAUCUAGAAAAUGUGAGCACUGCAAGAUAUUCCCCUCAGGGGAUGAAGCAACUCUGGGAAGAGCAGAAGGUUUCAAGUUCCCUCCCUGGCUUCUCCAAGAUAGGGCUGAGAGAGAUUCCUGCCUGCAAUCUUGGAGAAGCCGCUGCCAGUCUGUGAAGACAAUUCUGAGCUCGAUAGACCAAUGGUCUGACUCAGUAUAUGGCAGUUUCCUAUGUUCCUAUCCCACUUCUCGCUGGCCAACAUUUUGAUGAUGAUGGCAGAACAUUCAAGUCUUUAGGCAGCUGCAAACAUAUGCUGGGGAAUGGACAUAGUUACCCACUUACAAAGUAUUUCUAGAAUACUUUGGUACGAUCGCUUACAUAGAGAGGCUUCAAAAAACCCUUUCCCCUCCCCUGCUUCUUUAUGGGUACACAACAAGCAGUGCAGUCAAAUGCUGGAGAUGAGAAGUCUGUAUCUCCCGUACUCUCAUCUCGCUCACGCCCCAUGCCUAAUUUGGACAUGGAAAGAGAGGUGCACACAGAUUUCUAGGUCCCCCUAAUAUUUUGUUGUCCUGCUCUGCAGAUGUAGGGGAAUGGGCUCUGAACCAUAUUGGAACUAUCUGCAUGCAGAUACUGAGCCCGCAGUGUGAGUGGAUCGUGCUCAUUGUUGUCUUAAUGCUGGGAGUAUAUGUCCUGCCCAUGCCUAACAUUUUGCUUCCUUGUGGGUUUUUGUGUGUGGAUUAAGUGUGGGUUUUUGUUUUGGUCACAAAGGGGAAAAGAUGACUUGAAGUAAAAGCAAUAAGAGGAUCAAACAGUAGUUUUGAUAAUCUUAUGAUUAAGUGCUUCAGAUACUUGAAUUAUGCACAAGAACUGUCUCCAAAGUGGACAUAGUGAUCUAAACUAUUUAACUGCAUCACAGAGCUGGAUUUAUUUUAAAAAAAAAGUAUUAGCAUUAGCAACAAUGAGUUGAGUGGAUCAAUUUAAAACAAACCCAUAGCCUACUCGCAGCAUUCCAGAGUGUGUUCUGAUUUGCUGCUUAUUAAGAGGCAAGCAUGUUUAUCUCCUUCCAAAAUAAUGUGGUUUAAUCCUGAAACUCAAUGUUUUAAAUUAAGAUUGAGAUGUAUAUUCUGGUUCUGAUCAUGUUUGUUAGUCUCUGUGGACAAUAUAUGGUCAAUCUAUAAAAAACUAUCACUUAUUUUAUAUGUAUCGCUGUUUACAUGGACACUUUCUUGCAAGUGCUUGAAGUGCCUUGCAUCAGGGAUCUGGAACAACUCUUAUUUAACAAAACUUAUGUUACCAUGGCUGACGGACAGCUCAGUAGUAACUAUUUUAAAAGAGAACAUUACCUUGUUGUGAAAGGGGGCAUCCAUGCAACUUCUUAAGAAUAAAGUGCACAGCAAGAGGUUAAUGAAAUGUGAAUGCGUGUAUCUUAAACAUGGUGCUUAAAAAACUUAACACUUUGGAUCUGCCAAUUUUUUUGCAAGAAAUUAGGAAAUGUGUUGCAAUAUCUUCUGGUGCUUCAUUGUGGCAUUUAAAAAAUCUUAAUGCUGAAUUGCUUUGAGCUGCUGGAAACAAGCAGUGGAACAUUGAGAUAAAUAAAAACUGAUGUGUAAUUUUA